AAUCAAAAGCUUAUAGGGGUGGCACUCUCUCUUUACUUCGCUUUUCUUCCAUUCUCUCUCUUUUUGUCUUCUUAUUAAAAUCCCAACUCCUCUCUCAUUUUGCCUCAGCUCCCUCUCUCUCUCCCCCCCUUCUCAUCUGCCUAAGGUCUCUCUCUCUAUCUAUUUUCUUGAUUAUUUCUUACAGGGACUUUUGCAUUUUGAUUGUGCACUAGUUUCUGAAGGCUUCUCUCGUUGUUUUUUCCUGGGAUUCUUCUGGAUACAGAAAGAUCCAGAAGAAGUUCCAAAGAAAGAGAGAAAGAGAUGGCUCCUGUUUCAUUGCCUCCAGGUUUCCGUUUCCACCCUACUGAUGAGGAACUUGUUGCUUACUAUCUCAAGAGAAAGAUCAAUGGGCAUAAGAUUGAGUUGGAGAUCAUCCCUGAAGUUGAUCUUUACAAGUGUGAGCCCUGGGAUUUACCAGGGAAAUCAUUAUUACCCAGCAAAGAUCUAGAGUGGUACUUCUUCAGCCCACGAGAUCGAAAAUACCCGAAUGGAUCAAGAACUAAUCGUGCAACUAAAGCUGGGUAUUGGAAGGCCACUGGAAAGGAUAGGAAAGUGAACUCACAGAUGCGUGCUGUGGGCAUGAAGAAAACCCUAGUUUACUAUAGAGGUAGAGCUCCCCAUGGUUCUAGAACAGAUUGGGUUAUGCAUGAAUAUCGCCUCGACGAAAGAGAAUGCGAAACUGCUUCUGGCCUGCAGGAUGCAUAUGCACUGUGUCGUGUGUUCAAGAAGAGCGCAAACAUCCCAAAGAUGGGAGAGCAUUUUGCCUCAACAUCAAAUCAAAUGGCUAGUGAACAUUCUUCUAGUAUAGAACUAUACUCCGAAGGAAGAUGUGAAGAUUUUGAGAGCUCAAAUUAUAAUAUGCCAAUAGACACGUGCUCACCCAGCAUUGGCAAUACUGGAUCCCCUAUUCAUCUUGCUGAAACAAGAGAUGGGAAAUGGAAGCAAUUCUUGUCAGAAGAUGCUUUUACCUUCUCAUCUCCAUCAUUUUCAAGUUAUGGAGCUCUUCCAUACCCAUUGCCCAAGAUUGAUGUAGCAUUCGAGUGCGCAAGGUUGCAGCACAGUUCACUGCCUCCACUGGAGGUAGAGGACUUCCCCCAUUUAGGACUCACUGACGUGAAAGUGAUGCAUGAGAAUACAAAUCGAAAAGAUAUUCUGCAGGAAAUUCUUUCGGUAGCUCAUGCAUCCCAGGAACUGAUAAAUCAUAGUAAUACUCAAGAUACGUGGGGUGGAAAUUAUGCUGCUGAUAAUAACAAUUUCUCUUUCGUAGCUGGGAAAGAUAUGCAUCUCUACAGCAACAUAAAUUCCAUGAGAUGCAUGGACAAAUCAUGGGGAGAUCCUAAUUUGAGGUUCAUAGAGAUUGGAAACUCCGCUGAAGAUUUCAAGACAGAGAGGAUGACAGAAAACUUGAGAUGGGUAGGAAUGACAGAUGAAGAACUACACAAGAGUUUUAUGGAGGAACAUAAAGUUGUCCCAAUAGAAAAUAUUUCAACUUUCCAGACAAGGGAAGGGAAUGAACUUCAAGGAGGAAAUGGGCAUCAAGUAGACUGCAUGGGAUUCAAUGAGACAGAUGAUUAUUCACUUGGAUUCAUCAACGAUGAUGAUCCAAAUGGUAACCUAAUUGACGAGAGCAAUGUAGAUGAUUUAGCAAGUUCACCAAGUUUCGAGGUUGUUGAGGAAAUCAAAGUUAGCCAUGGAAUGUUUGUUUCAACUCGCCAAGCAGCUGAGACAUUUUUUCACCGAUUAGUGCCUUCUCAGACAGUAAAGAUCCACCUGAACCCUGCAGAUACCUUCUCAAUGCAGAAAAUAGAGAUGCACAGUGCAGCAGAUGAGACUCAAAGCUUCAAAACUAACACAUUUUCCAGGGAAAGUAAUUUCAUGGAGAUGAGCAAGUCAUUAAACCCUUGGAAGAAAUUUGCAACAGCAGUUUUUUGCACGAUUGUGAUUCUCAUGAGUAAGCUGAUGAUGCAUAGAAUGAGGGAAAAUGGGUACAAUGUGAAGCCCAGGAAAAUGGAAGAAAGAAACAAGUGGAAUCAUGAUUACAGUGAAAAUGAUUUGCUGGUUAGCAUAAGAUCAGGUGGGAAUCAAUUUAGUGUAUUGCUAAAGAAAUUAGGGAUUUUUCUAACAAUUUCUUUGGCUGUUUGUACGAUGUGGGUCAAUCAUGUCAUGCUUACCUCUUGAAUUCCUGAUUUUUUUUUUUAAUUUUCUUUUUAUCUAACGGUUGUUAAAUUGGGAGAGAGAGAAAUAGAGCCUUCUUUGUAUUCAUACAUACCGAUGAUACUUAUAAUUCAAUAAUUGUAACUUAAUUAGAUUAAUGAAAGUAUUAUUUUUUAUA